CCCCUCAAACAACCCAACUUCCCAUUCGCCCUGAUCAGGGAGGAUGGAGACCGUGAAGCUCAACAACGGGGUGGAGAUGCCGCUGCUGGGCCUGGGCACCUUCAAGCUGCGGGGGUAUGAGGCCGUGUACCGGGCACUGGACUCCGCCCUGGGGCACGGCUACCGCUCCGUGGACACGGCGAGCGUGUAUGGCAACGAGGCUGACAUCGGGCAGGCGCUGGCAGAGCUGCUUCCGAAGCACGGCCUCUCCCGGGCAGACAUCUUCAUCACCAGUAAGCUGUCACCGGCGGACCAGGGGGAACGGGCGGAGGAGGGUGCCUUACGGAGCCUGGCGGCCUUGGGCUGCCAAUACCUGGACCUCUACCUCAUCCACUGGCCCGGCAGACAGGGCUGGAAGAGUGAGGAUCCCCGUAACCGGGUCUGCCGGCGCCAGAGCUGGGAAGUGCUAGAAGGCCUGUACGAGAGCGGCCGCUUCCGUGCCAUCGGUGUCUCCAACUACACAGUGGGCCACCUCCGGGAGAUGCUGGAGCACUGCCGGGUGACGCCCGCUGUACUGCAGGUGGAGUAUCAUCCGCGCCUGGUGCAGAGCGACCUGCUGGCCUUCUGCGCCGAGUGCGGCCUCCACCUGCAGGCCUACUCCUCGCUAGGCUGCGGGCGCCUGCUGGACGAGCCUCAGGUCCGAGCCCUGGCUGUCGCCUACGGCCGCAGCCCGGCCCAGGUGCUGCUGCGCUGGGCCGUGCAGCGGGGAGUCGGCGUCAUCCCCAAAUCGGCUGAGCCCGAGCGCGUGGCCGCCAACGCCCAGCUGUUCGACUUCUGCCUGAGAGAGGAGGACACUGAGCUGCUGAGCAGCCUGCACUCCGACAGCCGCUACUGCUGGGACCCCCGGGCUGUCACCUGAGCGCUGACUCACCCACCCCACUAGCCCUGGCCCCAGCUCCAAACUCAAACUCGGAUGCACCGAGGAUGUGACAGGGGCUGUAGCGUUCCCCACCCCUGGGCCGAAAGGUCCAAGACCCGCCCUCGCUCCAGAGCUGUGUCGCCUCGUGUCUGAAAAUAAACGUGGAUUGUAAAGAUUG